AUGGAGGGCGGCCCGAGGCAGCCCGGUGGGGCGCCAGGGCCCGAGGGGGAGGGGGCCGGCCAGGCCCUGGCCAGGCUGCAGCAGCUGGCCUUGACGUGGUUCACAGAGACGCAGGCGCCCCUCAUUCUGCACGACGGAGCCCUGCCCCCCUGGUUCCACGGAUUCAUCACCCGCAAGGAGACGGAGCAGCUGCUUGGGGACAAAGCUCUCGGUUCCUUCCUCAUCCGCCUCAGUGACCGGGCCACGGGCUUCAUCUUGUCCUACAGGAACUGCUGUGCCCAAAGCCGUGUGGCUGAGGAGUGGCUGAGCCGUGACAGGGCCAAGGCCAGUGUGGCCUGA